AUGACUUUGCGAGAAGCUUUCACCGUGAACGACUAUACCGUCGCAAUAAUAUGCGCCCUUGACAAAGAACUGCGGGCAGUCCGCUACCUGCUAGACUCUGUCCACCCACAACUAGCAGUCUCAAGGCGGGACACCAACGAUUAUACACUGGGCACAAUAGGCGCACAUAACAUCGUUGCGACCUGCCUACCCGCGGCCGAAUACGGCACCAACGCUGCAGCUAGCGUAGCAACUCAGCUGUACAUCAGUUUCCCUGCGGUGGAGUUCGCUUUACUAGUUGGGAUUGCUGGGGGCGUGCCGAGUAAGGAGGACAUUCGCCUUGGAGACGUGGUGGUAGGCCUCCCAAAUGAAGCACGGCCUGGCGUUAUCCAAUACGACCUUGGGAAGGAGAUGGCCAACGGUUGCUUCAUUCAUACUGGAACACUUCAGAGGCCUCCGCGAGUAUUACUGAGCGCAAUCAACGGCCUGCGAUCCGACCCAGAUUUCGCCGAUAACCCCCUCGAGGCCUAUUUAGCGACCGUGGCGCAAAGGGACCACAGCUAUCGCUUUCCAGGGAGAGAGAAGGAUGUCUUAUUUGGGCCUGACCGGGAGAAUGGUGGGCCUCAACAGGUUCAGCGGCGUGUCAGAAAUCAUGAAUCCCCGUAUAUUCACUAUGGCCUCAUUGCGUCUGGAAACCGCGUAGUGAAGAACGCGCUUUUCCGAGAUCGGCUAGCGAAGGCGCACAAUAUAUUGUGUUUUGAGAUGGAAGCGGCAGGGAUACUGAACGUCAUGCCCUGUCUUGUUAUUAGAGGAAUAUGCGACUAUUCAGAUUGCCACAAGCAUAAGUUGUGGCAAGAGUAUGCAGCAGCCGCGGCGGCGGCAUAUGCUAAAUGCCUUCUUUGUCGAGUGCGGGCCUACCAGAUGCCCUGUACGAACGUAACCGCAGUCCCUUACGAACCUUAUCAAUCCCCCAUCUCGACGCCGGCAAUUACUGCUGAUACAUCGGGCAUGCUGACCGAUAAACAUCUUGAAAUCAACGUCGUUUCAUGUGAUAUGCAUUGCCCGACAGCUGCUACGCAAGCGCUAAGGACUCGGAGAACCGCUGAAGAUAUAUUUCAUAAGGCACAGUCGUAUGCCGGCCGCAGCCAAUUAUGGGCUCCCAUCCCGGCAGACGUUACGCCUCUAAUGGCAGCGUUCAAAGAAUGGGCCGAGCACAGGGGGCCGGAUACUUUGGUAGUCGAGCCGGAGGGCUGGCGUGCGGCCGGGCGAGCUGAAUCAUUUGCGUUUGAGGCGACUCGGUUCCUCAGACAUCACGCCCAGCCGACAGUUUGGGCUUUUUGGCCUGAAUACGAAGAGCCGCUAACAACGCAAGAUAUCGUCCAUUGCCUCGCAGAGCAGACCCAACGUAUGUCAGUACGAGAGGAUCUGGCCAUUCUAGUCGCCGAGAAUCCCCCUCAGUAUAAUCUGUUGCGAAUCACCGAACGCAUGGAUCGAUGCUUUCUUGUCGUACAGGUCAAAGACCGUUCUCUGGCUACUUCGCUGCUGGAAACCCUCAAUGUAGCUUUCAGACAGCGCAAUCGAAUUGUCAAGCUUCUUCUAAUCAGCUACUGGCCCGAUGUAUCCGCUAUUUGUCGAGGUCUUCCACGGGCCAAAGUCCAGAGAUUGAGUCCUCCAUUGCCUGCACACAAAAUGAAAAGGCCGACCCGUCGGUGGUGGGAGAUAAUCCAGCCCCGUCUAUAA